CUUCAUUCAGACUCUUAUCUCCUGGGAAAGAAUGCGGUUGUACUCUGUCGCUCCAUUUCUCGUCUUCGCACCAAUAGCCAUGGGAAUAGCCAGCAAAUGCCCCUCAUACGUCGACUGGGCCAGCGUACCGCAUCCGCCGUUCUCGCCGGGCCCUCAGCGCAUCCCGACCAUGCGGCCGCCCGAGCCGUGCCGGACAUUCAGCAGCGCCGCGAUCGAAUCGGUCUUGCAAGCAACAGUAAGCCAGAUCAAAUCUCCGGAUAUGCGGCAGCUGCUGACAAACAUCCUGCCGAAUACAUUGGACACGGCAAUCGCCUGGCACGACCCAGGCAAUACCACAGGCAUGCCAUAUACAUUUGUCAUCACCGGCGACAUCAAUGCACAGUGGACACGCGACAGCACCAACCAGCUUCUGCCGCUUCUGCCAUACGCCUUGCAAGACACGCGGCUGCAGCUGCUGGUGCUGGGGCUGAUUAACAUGCAGGCAGAGCAGAUUUCGCAGUAUCUGUUUGCCAAUGCAUAUAAGCCGCCGGCACGGUCCGGCCUGGUGCCCGGCGAGAACUCGUGGGCAAAACUGGACAAGGUUGUGCCGCAAUUCGACCCGAAGCUGGUGUUUGAGGCCAAGUUUGAAAUCGACUCCCUGGCGGCGUUCCUGAAGCUGUCGACGGCGUACUGGGAGCAGACCAAGGACCAGAGGUUUAUGUCGACGGUGUGGCGCACGGCAGUGGCAAAUAUCCUCGAGUUGCUGCAGCAGCUGCAGAUGCCGACGGUGGACAAGAACGGCAAGAUGAAUAAUGCCACGGUGCGGUUUUCGCGCGAAUCGACGUCGCCGACCGAGACCUCGUUUGGCCACGGGCAAGGGAAUCCGGUCAAAUUUACAGGCAUGGUCAAGUCGCUGUUCCGGCCCAGCGACGACUCGGUGAUCUUCCCGUUCUUCAUUCCCGGCAACGCCAUGCUGUCGACGGAGCUGGCGCGGCUGGCGCAGAUGCUGCUGUCGGUCAAGGAGAUGGCGGUGGAGCAGGCGGUGGCGGAUAGGCUGGCAGAGGAAAUCCGCCAGGGAAUCUACCAGUACGGCACUAUGGAUCACCCGGUAUACGGCAAGAUAUUUGUGUACGAAACUGACGGAUUCGGCAGCGCUGUGGUGAUGGAUGACGCCAAUGUGCCUAGCCUGCUGUCGCUACCGUACCUAGGGUUUGUGGACAAUAACGACUCAGUGUACUUGAACACGCGCAAGCUGAUCUUGUCGCCGGACAACCCGUGGUACUUUGCUGGCUCCAGGGUGUCGGGCAUCGGGUCGCCGCACACUGGCUUCAUGCGGGUGUGGCCAAUGGCGAUUGCCAUGCAGGCGCUGACCACCGACGACAAGAGUGAGGUCAAGUGGUGCCUGCAGCAGCUGCUGGAGACGACGGGCGGGCUGGGGCUGAUGCACGAGUCGGUGGAUGUCGAGGACCCGGCGCGCUACUCCCGGCCGUGGUUUGCAUGGUGCAACGGCGUAGCCAGCGAGCUGAUUAUCGACGCAGUGAGGCGGUUCCCUGGCAUCGUGUAGGGCAGCCAAAAUCCAAUUGCAUGCGGUUUGGCAGCCUGCAUAAAGUGAUCGGUUCCAACCGCGAUUAAGGACCAGUGGGAUCUAACGACUCAUUCUAUUUGUCCGCAUUCCUGGUGCCAAUCGCGCACAGCAGGCGCCUUCAGAGAAGCAUCUUCUGCCCAUUCCACCC